ACUAAAAAGUGGACCCCAGUUGACACCGUCUUUUUCAGUCCCACUGUAACUAACAAACACUCAUCUCAUUUCUCUCUCUUCUUCCCUUUCAAAUUUCAAUCCAACCUACUCACUCACUCACUCAUUCAUUCAUUCAUCUUCUUCAAAUGCUACUGUUUUUGCUUCAAUUUCUAUCUCAUUUUCUAGGGUUUUGUUUAUGAUUUUCAAUCAAUCAAUCAAUCAAUUACAAUGCUUUCUCUCUCUUCAAUUUCCUUAAUCUUUCUCAAUAUUUCUGCAAUUUUUUUCCAGUUUUGCAAUGCUCGAGUUUUCACCUUUGAAAUGCAUCAUAGAUACUCAGAACAAGUAAAGAUUUGGUCGAAGAAGAACUAUAAUCAUCCUCAUUAUCAUCAUAGUCCUCAUUAUUAUCAUCAUCUUCAUCAUCAUUGGCCUAAGAAAGGCUCCUUUGAGUAUUAUUCUGAUUUAGCGCAGCGUGAUCGCUUCGUUCGGGGUCGCAAGAUGUCUGAACUUGAUGAACCUGUUACUUUUUCUGACGGAAAUUCUACUUUUCGAAUUAGUUCUUUGGGAUUUUUGCACUAUACAACGGUGACGUUGGGGACACCGGGAGUGAAGUUUUUGGUGGCGUUGGAUACAGGGAGUGAUCUGUUUUGGGUGCCUUGUGAUUGUUCAAGAUGUGCUCCACUUGAGGGUGCAAGUUAUGCUUAUGACCCUGAUUUUGAGCUUAGCAUAUACAACCCUAAAGCGUCAUCCACUAGCACGAAAGUCUCAUGCAAUGAUACCUUGUGUCUACACCAUAACAAAUGCUUGGAAUCAUUCAGUCAUUGCCCUUACGUAAUCUCAUAUGUCUCUGCUGAGACAUCGACCUCUGGAAUAUUAGUGGAGGAUAUUAUGCACUUGACAACAGAGGAUCACCAUCCUGAAUCGGUUGAGGCUUACAUCACAUUUGGCUGUGGACAAGUUCAGACUGGUUCGUUUCUUGACGUAGCAGCUCCCAAUGGUUUAUUUGGACUGGGUAUGGAGAACAUAUCAGUGCCCAGCAUAUUGUCCAGGAAAGGUUAUAUAGCAAAUUCUUUCUCCAUGUGUUUUGGCCGUGAUGGAGUUGGAAGAAUAAGCUUUGGUGACAAAGGUAGCCCUGAUCAGAAGGAAACUCCAUUCAAUGUAAAUCCCUUACACCCUAGCUACAACAUAACUCUAACUCAAAUUCAAGUAGGAACAGCCCUCAAUGACGUGGAAUUCACUGCUCUUUUUGAUUCUGGGACAUCUUUUACAUAUCUUGUCGAUCCCUUUUACACAAACCUUGCUAGAAAUGUAAGGAUUAAUGUGAUUCAUAUUUACCUCACAGUCUCACACUGCCAUGUUAUCCUAUCUAAUUAUGCUGUUUUCUUUCCUCCCCUGAUGUUGCAGUUUGAUUUACAAGUUAAAGAUAAGAGGCGUCCUGCUGAUUCAAGACUCCCAUUUGAGUAUUGCUAUGACAUGAGACCAGAUGCAAAUACAAGCUUAGUACCCACUGUGAGUUUUACUAUGGAAGGGGGUGGCCAGUAUAGGAUUUAUGAUCCUAUCAUUGUCAUUUCAACCCAGAUUGAACUUGUAUAUUGUCUUGCUGUUGUCAAGAGUAAAGAGCUCAGUAUUAUUGGACAAAACUUCAUGACUGGCUAUCGCAUAGUAUUUGACAGAGAAAAAUUAAGCUUGGGCUGGGAGAAAUCUGAUUGUUAUGACAUUGAGGACUUUAAACCUUCUGUAGGAGGUAAAGAGACUAAUGAUGCCCGUGUCCCUCCUGCAGUUGCUGCACAACCGGAUAAUAAAACUCAAGAUGCAACAGGGAGCACAUCUCAUAGUUCAGCAACAUCACCCACUUGCCUCUGGCAUUUUUGUGAAGUAUUUACUUCUUUGAUUACCCUAUUUUUUAUGACUUUCUUGUUUCACUAGCACUUGAGAAGUACCACAUGAUUUUUUUUUUUUUUUUUUUUCUAUGCUCUGUUCUCUUGUUAUUCUUUAAGGUCUCUACUGUUAGAAGAUAAGAUGUGUAAAGUGUAAUUUUUUAGCACUGUUAUCAAGAGAAACAGGCUAGGCCAUUAUAUUAGUACGGAGUAGUAUAUUAUUGUUUUAUAGAAUUGUAGUGAUAGAGUAUUAAACAAUUUAUAAUAUUUGUAUUGUUUUAGUA